UUCUUGAAGCGGCGUGGGGGAACUACGCAGGCCAAGCCGGCACUCAACCAAGUUAAACCAACUGAGGAAGCGUUGGGCGGUAUAGCCCUUCGCUGGCUGCUGGUGACCAUGGCGGUGUUUCACGACGAGGUGGAGAUCGAAGACUUCCAAUAUGACGAGGGCACGGAGACUUAUUUCUAUCCUUGUCCGUGUGGGGACAACUUCUCCAUCACCAAGGAAGAUUUGGAGAAUGGGGAAGACGUGGCGACGUGUCCUAGCUGCUCUCUCAUUAUAAAAGUGAUUUAUGACAAAGAUCAGUUUGUGUGUGGAGAAACAAUCCCAGCCCCUUCAGCCAACAAAGAAUUAGUUAAAUGCUAACGAAGCCUUCAGAAAUCCAAAUUUUGAACAGUUGGGAAUGAAGCAAGGUGGAAACAUCAAAUACACAUUUACAGCUUCUUCGCUGAGACCAUCAUUUUGUGGUUUGCUGUUAAGAGUGAGGAUUCUUCCCAUCAGCUGCUCAAUUUAUCUUUUAAGAAGUGAGUCCAUGACAUGCCAUACUUGGAUUUCAUUCUUAUAACUUUGAAUUGGAAAUGUUCUUAAUUAUCCAUCUGUAUUUAAAGGAUAAUAAUUUCAAAUCAGUGCUUUCUUUCCCUCAAUUUCAUCAUUUUUAUAUCUCGAACGUAAUUAAUAUUUGAUCACAAUAGCAACUACCUCAGUCAUUAGGAUUUCUUAAUGAAAAGAGAGAUUGUAUUUUUGACUUAGUUAUUAAGAUGAUUAAAAUUAGUCCUUUGAGGGCGGCACCUGUGGCUCAAGGAGUAGGGCGCCGGUUCCAAAUGCCGUAGGUGGUGGGUUCAAACCCAGCCCCGCCAAAAACCACAAAAAAAAAAAAAAAAAUUAGUCCUUUGAAAUUUGACAUCAGCUUUGCUGUUCUAAAUUUGAAAUUAGUUGUUUUUUCUCUACCACCCUUCCAGUUCCAAGGUGGUAUCCUCUGUCUUGCUAUUACCAGAAUGUUCAUGCUCUGUUCAGUGUCCCUUUUCUGUUACACUUUAGUGCACAGAAGUUGGUCACGAUAUUAAAGAGAGAAUACAGUGAGGUCACAGUUUUGCCAGAGCCUAAAGUUAGUGAAUAGGAAAGGAGAAUUUCAGAGUGAAAGGAUCAAAGAAUAUGGAGUUUCCUUAUAUUCUGUAUCUUCCUUAGAAGGUAAGAUAAAAAGCAAAGCAGGUGAAGGAAAUAAAAUUGGUAAUGGAAAGAGAGAAGCAAAAUUUGCCAACUUAGUAAGUGAAAUACUGAUUUUGUGUUUGUUUGGUAAGGCUAAUUGAAAUUGCAUACCAGACAGGGUUAAUGUGAAAUCUUUAUGGCAGGCUGGUACCAGUGCUUUCAGCAUAUCACAAUAUCCUGUCACUAUUCCUAAAAGAUAAAACAUCUACAACAGAGAAUGAGCUUGAAAAUGGGAGGCCUGUUCUGAAUUAUUACGCCUGUGAGGACACAUGGGCAUAACAAGCCUCUAUAAUGUGCAGCCAAACCACGCAUGCAUUCUUGCAGAGAAAUGUUGCCCUGAAGAGAGGGAAACAUAAACAUAAGCCAUCAGUCUUCCUUUGCUACAGUGCUAAGAGUAGCAAGAAAUUAGACUCAUUUACGUGGAAAUUUGAAAAUUCCCUUUAUAUGCAACUUUGCUGUGUAUGUAUAAAAUUUUUUUAAUUCCCUGAUGUUUUGGCAGGUUGUUUUGGGAAUGCAAUUAGGGAGAAAAGUAAGCUUGCUAGAAUAUGAGUGUUCUCUUACUGAUUGGUAAAGGUGCAGCACACUCUCAUUGGAGCUUUAAAUUGGAAAGAAUGGCCUUUUUUACCUGCCAGCAAGAUGACUUGUGCAGCUAUGAGGCUGAGAUGUAUUAAGUCACCAAAAACUGAAUACAAAAAGUGUGGAAUACAUUAUAUGGCAUGUUGUUGAUGUGAUGAGAUAUCUUAUUGCUAUUUGAGUCACUGAUACCCCAGAAGUAGUUCACAACUGCUUUGCAAAAGCAAAGUGACUACUCAGAAGAACAGAGCAUGGCACUUGCUGAUUAUGGUGGGCAUAAGCUGUAGAGAGAAAUUAACUCUCCCAUGCUUGUGUUUAGUUUUCUAGAUAUCCUAAUGUGUUAACUUUCUCUGCUGAUGAUAAAUUUGAAACAAGGACAGACAUUUUUGAUGUAGGUCUGCUGUGAGCUAAAAGAACAGGAAGAAAAUUUGGCAAAGUUCAAGCAUCCCAGGAGAAAAGAAGCACAAAGUGAUUGGUGAUAAUGCUGCAGAAAUGGGAAUGAUUUUUUUUUUUUAAAGCAAUUGAGUCACUAAGUUUGUGAAAUAUAAAAGAACACAUCAGGAUUUAAUCCUAGGUUAAGCAGAAAGUAAAACAGAGUCUUUCAGAUAUGACUAAAGUUCUGUAUGUCUUAUUUAUCCCAGGACAUUUCUGGGGCACCUCUUAAGAACUAAUUAGUAAUCCAGAUGGCCUUGAAUUAGCUUUGUAGUCUUUGGCAAGACCAGUAGAUUCUUCAUCUCUACAAUUAGGAGACUGGAUCAGGGAUUUCUUAGCUGUCAAUUCUCUGAUUUCAGGCUUGGUAAUUUAGGGGAACAGAAAUGGCAAUUGAAAAAUUUAUAAGUACAGGGCAGCGCCUGUGGCUCAGUCGGUAAGGCGCCGGCCCCAUAUACCCAGGGUGGCAGUUUCAAACCCGGCCCCGGCUGAACUGCAACAACAACAACAAAAAAAAAUAGCCGGGCGUUGUGGCAGGCGCCUGUAGUCCCAGCUACUCGGGAGGCUGAAGCAAGAGAAUUGCUUAAGCCCAGGAGUUGGAGGUUGCUGUGAGCUGUGAGAUGCCACGGCACUCUACUGAGGGCCAUAAAGUGAGACUCUGUCUCUACAAAAAAAAAAAAAAAAAAAAGAAAAAUUUAUAAGCACAAACUAAAUCAUGAAUUAUAGAGAAAGAUAGAGAAAGACACUCCAUUCUUCUUCAGUAACUUGAUGUUACCAUGCUUUCGAGUUUUCUGAAAAUUAUGAGGUCAACUAUUGAAACAGAUUCUGCAUAUACUUCAGUAUACACGUUUGAGACAGGGAACUGGCAGGUACUGCCUUUGAGCAUUACUGCGGCAUUACCUAAUUGAGUUGGGAAGUCUCAAAGUUUCAAAUUGCCCUGAUCAAAAUAGGUUGGGAGGGGGCAGGGCAAGUUCCAACCAGUUAAAACCAAGAUGGUGGAAAAACACCAUCCCUCUAUGAUUAUUCCUCCCCUUGUUUAGUCUGUUGCUUAAGUAGACUACAGGAACCAGGGGCCAGUUUUCUGCAGGGAAAGCUAUCUACUCUUGUCUGUGGAGUAGACUUUCUGAGUUUCUACCACGGGGCUGAUUCUCUCUGCUGGGAGAACUUGCCUUUGCUCUGUCUGUAGAAUAGACUGCCUAAUGUCCUAAAGGUUGCCAUACAUACAUACAAUAUAUACAUAGAGGGAAAGGGGGAAAUUGUAGCUAAACAUACCUUUAUUUAUAAAAUAUUCAUUACAAAAUUUUAUAAAAUAUUUCUCUACAUGUUGAUAUGUAAAUACAAGAAAUACUAAAAAUGGAAUAUAAAAUAUGAGUUUGUUAAUUUUUCCUACUUACGGUGACCUUUGGGACACCCUGUAUAGUUUCUAAUAAAUCUCACUUUCACUUUAUACUGUUGACUUGCUCCUAAAUUCUUUCUUGCACAAAGCCAAGGAUCCACUGGACUUGAAGUGGGAGUCUUUUUCCUGUGUCACAUUCAGAAACAUUUUUCUUCGAAGAAGCACCCAACAUUUCUGAUAACUGUACAUAAUAAUUUAUUACUAGAAUAAAUUGUAUUGUCAUGGUAAAUAAAAUCAGACAAUCAAAA